AUGUCGACUCUAUCAGCCAUCUAUGGCACAGCCCAUGCAAUCCUCUCCAACUUCUUCGUUACACCACCUGUACCACAGGCUCAUGGCGACAUGUCCAAGCUCAUCUAUAUUGUGACAGGAGCAAACACCGGUCUCGGCCUCGAGUUGAGCCGCCACCUGCUUCGUUUGGGCGUAGGCAAGCUUAUCAUGGGCGUUCGAAGCCCUUCCAAAGGCGAAGCCGCCAAGAGAGAUCUCCUCACUUCUACUAAGCGAAAAGAAAGCUCGGUCGAGGUCUGGACUGUGGAUAUGGACGACUAUUCGUCCAUCAAAGCCUUCGCGAAGCGAGUGCAGACGUUGCCUCGAGUCGAUGGCAUCUGCGCCAAUGCAGGAAUGAUGACAACAACCUUCAGCCUCAGCGAAGGCAUCGAGAAGACACUCAACGUCAACGUCGUCAGCACCUUCUUGCUUUUCUUCCUCCUACUCCCGAAAAUGCGGGAGCAUGAGCAGACCAUCGGCACUCGCACACACUUCACCGUCGUCAACAGCGGUCUGCAUUACACAGCAAAGCACAAGGAGCUAUACCCAACGCACGACAUCCUCGACAGGCUGAAUGAUCCGAAGAAAGCGGAUAUGGAUAAUAGAUAUCCGCUGAGCAAACUGCUCGUGCUUUGGAUGGUGCGAGAGCUCGCUGCUCAAGGAACUUCGAUGCCUAUCCUCAACAGUCCGAACCCAAGCUUCUGCCAGUCUGGUCUGCUUCGCGAAGACGACAGUGCUUUUGCCAGAAUCGCAGAGAAGUACCUUGCCAGAACGACCGAAAGCGGUAGUCGGACGCUUUACCACGCGCAGUUUGCCGGACCGGAGUCGCAUGGACAGUAUUUGGCCAAUUGUCAUGUACAGAAACCUGCGAGUCAUGCUACCUCCAGAGCGGGCCAAGUCAUCCAACGUCAAGUGUUUGCAGAACUGCUUGAGAAGUUAGAAAACAUUGAGCCUGGCGUCACCUCUAGCUUAAAGAGUUCCAUGACGCAGAAGGUGAAGGCCUAA